GGUUUGGUGGUGUGUUGAAAAGGAUGGUGAGAGGGGAAAAGCAACCGAGGCUUGACAGCGAGGAAAAUAGAGAAAGGGAGUAGGUGGUGUCGCUGCUUGCUGCUGCAGAUGGGCAAAGGGGGAAGAAGUAACCGCAGCCUGGUAGACGAUGGCUAACACGCUGGCGCCGUCAAAGAGUGAACCACAACGGUUAUGAGUCUCUCUCCACGAUAGGGAACUUGGUAAUGAGCUAACGACUAGUAUUGAAUGAUGCUGAUGGCUGAUAAUUGACAAGGGUACUUUCGACAUUUCAGUUUUAUAUCUCAAACAAAUCUCAUUUUCCUCCUACAGUCCUACUUAUUCAGUUGAGCCCACUCCCUUUGAACAAGAACGAAAAGUCAAAAUCACGAUCCUUCGGUCCUCCAAACUCCAAUUCACUAUAUUCCACAUUUUUUUCCUUCCUUGGUUGAAUUCAAAGCCGCCAUACGAUACAAAUUCUCAUUGUUGUUAUUACAACAUUCAAAUAAGAGAACACAACAACAACAACUAAAUCUAUUUUCAUUAUUAUUGCUGUCAUUAUUAUUGCUAUUAUUUUCUUUUUUUUUUUUUGUUGCCUUUUUUUGCUUUGCACAAACUCACGUUGUCGUGAGUUGUAACGGAUAGAAUCAAUAGAAAAUGGUUCGGGUACUGUUUGUGGUGUUAGUUUUUGCAUCCUUGGGAUCGUUCUUGUUUGGACGAGUUGACUCGCACGAGGAAUCGGGUCAGUGGAGCUGCGAGUCGAACUCGGAGAUCCGAGUGGAGGCCGAGUUCAGACCAGGUGUUGUUACACUUGAUGGACAUGCCGACGAAUGGAAGGACAUUGAUUACUCGCUGUUCCGUCUUCUCCCCGCGCUUGACCCCGAUGAUGAUAAGGAGUUCAAAGGUGGAAAAAUGACUGUUAAGAGUUUGCAUGAUGGCCACGAUAUUUUCUUUCUGGUGCAAGUUGAUUCUGAUUAUGCUUACUCUAAAGGGGAAGGCAACAAAUGUCCUUCUGUAGCUCUCAUGUUUCAAAUUGGUGAGGAUGCCACUUAUCAUAGAAUGGGUGGCUGCACACAAGACUCAACCUCAUGCACUAACAAGAGCUGCAAAGGUCAUGAAGUUGACAUUAUGCACUUUUCUAUUGGAAAUGCUAUUCCGGGAAGGCUUUAUGGUGGUAAUCCCCUAGACAAUGGGGAAGGAAAUGGAGGUGACAGGUUUGGUCACUUGGUUGAUCUCUAUUCCUGGAAUCCACACUGUAGAUAUCUCGAUGGAACCAGUCCUUCAGGUCCUGCUAAUGACUCUAGUGCACAGAAUGACUGGAAGGGUGUGUGGUGGCAUAGCAGCUUUACUGUUCACUCAGGUUUUGUGGAAGAUGAGAGUCCAUAUGCAGAGGAUGGAAAAAAAGGCACAUACAUUUUUGAAUUUUCUAGGCCUUUGAGGACCAUGGAUCACCUUCAACAGGAUGUGCAAUUUACCAUUGGUGCAACCAGUAUGAUGUCUGUCGCAUUCUGGUAUCCAGAAAACGGUCAACCAUGGCACGGUUCCGGACACUACUCGAUCAGCUGCGAUUGGGUUCCCAUCGAUAUAUCCAUCAGCAGUUCUUUGCAUGGAAUUUCAGGAUCAACAGGAUCAAGUACUUCAUGGAGUAUUGCCAGUGCCUUCUCUCUAGUACUAUCAGUAGCUGCACUUUGUGUGUCUGUUUUUGUGACCUAUCGUGUUUUCAAUAAUAGCAACAAUGUUCCCUUUACACCUAUGGUUUCGAUGAACAACCUUUAAAUACAGUCCUAACAUUUUGAGAUUGGGAUUGUACUAUUCAUUGAGCUUGUACUGGAUAGGUUUUGUACUAUAGAGUACUUUUUCUUAGCUCCAUUUUUUUAAUGUAAUCAAGCAUAUUUAUUUUAGGUGGUGUCAGAAAAGUGUUAAUACGUUUAUCUACAUUGUGGAGCUCAUGUUGUUUGUGCUUAGUUGUUGGCUUGUUGCACUCAAACUCUCAAAGGACCGUUUGCUUUUUUGGCACUCGUUCAAAUUAUAAAGAAAACUAUGGUUUUAUCUUA